AGCGAAGCACCGCGUCUGCGUGAAUAAAAACCACGGUCGAACGAAAACAACGUUUUUUCGGAGCGUUUUCGUCCGCGAUAGAAAAAAAAAAAAGUUGCAAGCUUUAUAGCUUCUUCUCCUUGAUCUCAGAAAACCCUGGACAAAUUUCGUCGAAGUUUUGAGCUCUCGACCUCAGAUCUGAAUGUUCCCGUGUGAAGGGAGAAUCUAGGGUUUUGUGUUUUUGGCAGAAAAAUUUGCGGAUAUGGGGACCGAUGAUGCGGCGAUUUCCGAACUUCGUGAGAAGCAUCAAAUUGAUCUGGACAAUUUGACACUGACCACACAACCUCUUAAAACAUUUAAGUUUUUCAUAUUUGCUAGUGCAUUGUAUAUGAAACGUUCACUCCUAUAUAUUUUGACAAAAGGUGUUUGGUUUACGAUCUUAUCUAUCCUGUUUGUGUGUUUUGGACUUCUUCUCGUAGCUACUGAUGGCCCUCAUGAAAAGCAUGUGCAGGAGUUUCUUUCUUACUCCAAGUUUGCAUUGUGGUGGGUUGUGCUUGGUGUGGCAUCGUCAAUUGGACUCGGAUCUGGUUUGCACACAUUUGUUUUGUAUCUCGGUCCCCAUAUUGCAUUCUUUACAAUCAAAGCUGUCCAAUGUGGCCGUAUCGAUUUGAAAACCGCUCCAUAUGAUACUAUACAGCUGAAAAGAGGACCUUCAUGGCUUGACAAAGAUUGCGCAGAAUUUGGACCUCCAUUAUUUACAUCAACCCCUGAAUCGCUUGUAAAGGUUCCACUAAGCAAGCUGCUUCCUCAGGUUCAGCUGGAGGCCAUUCUUUGGGGCAUUGGAACUGCACUUGGCGAGCUUCCACCUUAUUUUAUAUCAAGGGCAGCACGUAUAUCAGGAAGUAAAUUUGAAGCCAUGGAAGAAUUGGAUGCUACUUCUUCAAAAGAGGAUGGUUUUAUGGCUGCAUCUGUAAAGCAAAUAAAACGCUGGCUUCUUACUCAUUCGCAGCAUCUGAAUUUUUUCACAAUCUUCCUACUUGCUUCGGUACCAAAUCCGUUAUUUGACCUUGCUGGUAUCAUGUGUGGGCAAUUCGGAAUCCCAUUUUGGAAGUUCUUUCUAGCAACAUUAAUUGGAAAGGCAAUAGUCAAGACUCACAUACAGACUAUUUUCAUUAUAUCAGUCUGCAAUAAUCAACUUUUUCAAUGGGUGGAGAAUGAGUUUUUGUGGGCGCUUGAACAUAUUCCUGGGUUCUCUGCUAUACUACCAAGCAUUAUUGCCAAAUUGCAUAUGCUCAAGCAGAAGUUUUUGUCAGCUCCGGUUCCGGGUACUGCACAAUUGGAUGCAAAGGCAAAACGGUGGAACCUGUCCUUCACUUUGAUAUGGAAUACUGUGAUAUGGCUGAUGAUCCUCAACUUCUUUGUGAAGAUAGUUACAGCUACAGCGCAAAGAUAUUUGAAAAAGCAGCAAGAGCUGGAGGUAAAGCAGCUAGAGAAGAUACAAUCAAAAUCAAACUAGGAUGUAUUGAAGCCCAAUAUCUUCAAAUCUCCCCAGAUUCUUUUGUGUAUAGAUGACUAGGAUUAAAGUUAUUGAAUCAGAGGAAGCAGGGUUAUUUUUCUCCUGCCAUGUGGGGAGUGCAUACUUUCAUUGGAGCCAUUGUAUUUUCAUUUAAUAUUUACAACUACUGAUCACUGUCCUUAGGAUUAUGGCAACAGAGGUUGUAUGAUAGUGCUUAAUUAGAGAACUUCAAAUUUAAGUA